GCGGUCCUUCCUUGGGUUAAUAGCAGAUGGUCUCGAAACGGACGCACCAUCUCUUUUGAAAUCCGAAAACUUGGUUUAGACCCGGCCACCCGACUCCUGCUUGGACUCCAUAGCCUAGUAACUGGUAUAAAAACACGCCUGCCCAUCCCCCUGAUUGCUACGAAGCAUCCCUGCCUUCGCUUGCAUCCCGACCCUAUCCUUCUCUCCACCCAUUUAUCUUGUGUCUAAUAUUGAACACUCUAUCUUUGCUAUGGUCGCAAUUCCCGCGUCGCCUCCACUCCUUCCUCUACCCUUAGUGGCAGCGGAUGGUCCACGUCCGAGUGCAAAGUCCGCACCGAAGGGAUACUUCCUACCUGACCUUGUUGGUCAUUGCGAGUUUCCUUUGACUUACAACCCGCACGGAGACACCGUUGCCCCGGAAGCGGACAAAUGGUUAGACCAAGGCUGCCCCGAGCUCGCACCGAAAGCGCGCAAGGCUUUAUAUGGCUUGCGAGCCGGAGAACUUACUGCGUUUUGUUACACGUCCUGUGACGCGCAUCACCUACGUGUUAUUAGCGAUUUCAUGAACUACUUGUUCCACCUGGAUAACAUUUCCGAUGGCAUGAUGACGCGCGAGGCGGACGUCCUCUCUGACAUUGUCAUGAAUGCCCUCUGGUUCCCAGACGAGUAUCGGCUGUGCAAGGGCCAGUCUCCUGAGGAAAUCAGUGCUGGCAAGUUGGCACGAGACUAUUGGCGCCGAUGCAUUGCGGACGCGGGGCCUGGUGUGCAAGCACGCUUCAAGGAGAACCUGCAGCUCUUCUUCGAAGCUGUUCACAUUCAGGCAACACAUCGUGAAGAUGGUGAAAUCCCAGAGUUGGAGUCAUACAUUGACGUGCGCCGUGAUGAGAGCGGAUGCAAACCUGUCUUUGACUUGAUUGAAUACGGACUUGGUAUCAAUCUUCCUGAUUUCGUCAUCGAACAUCCCAUCAUCAAAGCGUUGAAUCAGGGCAGCAAUGACUUGGUGACCUGGUCAAACGACAUAUUUUCCUACAACGUAGAACAGGCCCGUGGAGACACUCACAACAUGAUCAUCAUCCUAGAAACCCGUUACGGGAUGGAACUUCAGGAUGCGAUGGACUACGUUGGUGAGAUGUGCCGAGUCACGAUGGAGAACUUCGUCGCAAAUAAGGCACGGGUACCGUCCUUCGGCUGUCCGCAGCUCGACCGAGACGUCGCCGGGUAUGUGCAGGGCCUCCAGGACUGGAUCGUGGGCGCGCUGCAUUGGAGCUUUAUGAGUAAGCGGUACUUUGGCACGGAAGGCGCGGAGAUAAAGAAGCAUCGCUACGUGAAGCUUCUGCCGAAGAAGACGAGUUCGACACCCCCGGCAUGCGCACAGACGACGAGCGAGAGCCUAUGAGCGCGGGCAACCGCCAAAUCGCUUACUCAUUGCUGGCCUUCCGGCUGUCUACGGAUGCCGAAUAUAGCCGUCAAAAAGCUUCGAUUUCAUGCACGCGUUGACGGGCUGGGGGAGGGAAGCUCGUCGCGCGGUGCUGGCAUAUGCAUGUUUCUACUGUAUUUAUUGCAUGCGUUGGUGACCCGACUUGAACAUUACUUGUAUUCUUUGCUUCUGCCUCGCGGCACGGUCGUU